CCCUGUGCGCCGUUACCCAACUCACAAACAACGCUCCCGCUCACAUCGGCCUCACGCAGCUCCGGUUGUGUCCGAUCCCACCUCGCCACAAGGGAGUGGAGAAGCAGGGCUGCUGCCGAGCAGUGCUGCAGGCAGGUUUUGCAGGCUCUCAGUUGCCAGGAUGCUUCUGCUUCUUUCUCUGGUCACUGGACUGGCCCUGUCUGCCUCUGGUGUCGUGACAGAAACAGGAGCCGAUCCAAGCUGCGCAUCACUUCAUGAUGUACAGAGAAAAGUGAAUGACCUCUGGCAGAGCUUGCUCUAUCCGGUGAUGGCUGAUAAUGAGACUGAUGGGCUGACCUACGCCACCUGUGAAAUGAAGCCCAGCUCCAAAAUAGAUGUUGACAAGCCACAAGUGACUGGACAAGUCUUAUUCAGACAGCAUUACUCACAAGGAAGAUUAGAAGCCAUUUUUCACUUGGAUGGGUUUCCGCUAGAUAACAACCAGUCUGGCAGAGCUAUACACAUCCACGAGCUCGGAGAUCUCAGCAACGGCUGCGACUCCACAGGAGGACACUACAACCCCUUCAGAGUCAACCACCCCCGCCACCCGGGGGACUUCGGCAACUUUUCUCCUAAAGAUGGCAAAAUCAGAAAAUACAAAUCCAAUCUCUUCGCCACAAUGUUUGGUCCGUACUCCAUCCUGGGCAGAUCCGUUGUGAUCCACGAGCAGGAAGAUGACAUGGGUAAGGGCAAUAACAAGGCCAGUCUGGAAAAUGGAAAUGCUGGCAAACGUCUGGCGUGCUGCGUGAUUGGGAUCUGCAACAAGAACUUGUGGGAGGAGAAACAGUUUGAGGCCACAGACAAGAAGAAGAGAUGGCUCCGAACCAGGCUCAGCUGAGGACCUGCAGUCGAGCUGCCACCCAAGCAUCAAGUACCUUAGGAUGCACCGUUGGCCGCUUAGGUGGCAAAGGGAUUCCCAUUUCCAUUCUCUUGCUUCUCUGAGAAAUGUAUAUCACUUUGUAGAGCCACCUUUCUGUAAGCUGAUCAAUAAAUACAGCAUCAACUCAA